AUGUCUUCUACAGGUGCCGGUGGCCCUCAGGGAGCAACUCGACCUAGUUGGCAGGAGAAACUGAAGGGUGCGAACCCAUUUGUUGCCUCGAUCUUCCAUAUUCUCACACUGAUUGACCCUCUGCUGUUGUCCAUAGACCAUUGCGAUAAAAAUGACUUUGCCGCCCCCGUCUUCCACAUCGUGUCUGACCGGCGAGGAGGCAGAACCGCCUGGUCAGCCACCGUCGACGUAGCAGGCCGCAGCUUUGCCGCUCGAUACUGGUAUGACGGCCAGUACAUCAACAACGCCAAAGAGGACGCUUCCGAGGUUGCUAUAAUGGCAUUGAAGCCUCAAGCAUUCGCCCCCCAGACAAGCUACCAGGGUCAAUUCUAUCCCUAG